AUGUUAGAGAGAAAAGGGGAUCAAACUUUGCUGUUUUUUUUCUCUCCUCAGGAUGAGUUUUUAGAUGUGAUCUACUGGUUCCGACAGAUCAUUGCAGUUAUUUUGGGAGUCAUCUGGGGCAUAGUUCCGCUCAAGGGAUUUCUGGGAAUAGCAAUAUUCUGCCUGAUCAACGCCGGCGUCCUGUACCUCUAUUUCAGCAGCUUUCAGCAGAUAGACGAAGAGGAGUAUGGAGGCACGUGGGAGCUAACAAAAGAAGGAUUCAUGACAUCGUUUGCACUGUUUUUGGUGGUUUGGAUAAUCUUUUACACUGCCAUCCACUACGACUGACAGUCUGCAGGCCUUGCCUCCCAAUCCUAUCUUCAAUAAAUCCAAGAACAUUUUAAUAAAUCAAAGUAUGUAAUGGACUGGUGGGAGACUAAAAUCAGCCACCGUUUUGUACUUAGUGGUCCGAAGAGCCCGCUGGAGCCCUAGCUCCCCUAAUAGAGAAGCUAGUCCAUCUUGAUUUUAUACACGUGUUGCUUAGUGGAACUUCUUAAAAAGCCAUCACAAUUUUUGAAAGCAGUUCAAGACGGUUCAACUUUUGAACUUUUUCCAUGACUUUAUUCAAUAACUGUAACAAUUUCCUGUGCGCUAUGGGGUGAAUCUGCUACUUUAAUUUGUGUAAGUUACCUCACCCUCUGGAUGAAAGCUGUCAUUAAAUUGUGGCCUGUCUUCCAUUGUUAUCCUUCAGACAUACAGUUUUAAAACAGCAUUCACUUUGUUACUUUCAGGAGAACACUGCAGCAUACAAGUAGUACAUGGAGUUCAAUGGUUGCCCAUGUUUUCUUUGAAGAUAAUUAAAGAUGUGCUUUAUUUGAGUAAA